UAGUGCGGCAACGUCCACUUCGGCUGCUGCAUCCCAGCGAUUUUUCCCCCUCAAGCAAAAGUCCACAAGCCAGUGCAAGACAGGACUUAAAAUACACUAAUCAUGGUCAGAUUCGGCCACCUUAUCGUGUGGGCCUUGCUUUUGGUCAUUACUACGGGCACUGAUCUGAGCGGCGAUGACACUCUCAACGACAUUCUGAGCGGUCUUGAGUUUGACGACGACUCCUCCUCGACCAGAUUAAGCCGCGACACCUCGUUCUCGGCGAGAAACAUUGAAAAGAUCGAUGUGAAAUGCGACCAAGGUAAUGGCAUGUUGGUGGAGGUGCAAUUCUCGGAGAACUUCGAAGGAGUCAUCUACAGUCAGGGGUACUACAAUGACCCCAAAUGCAACUAUGUCAAGGGUGAUAAAGCUGGCCGCAGCUUCACAUUCACAGUGCCAUACGACGGAUGCGGCAGCAAGCCCUCGUGCUCCGUGUGCGCCUCCAUCGAGAACAUCCUGAUCAUCCAGGACGACAGGGACAUUCAGAACAGCUUCGAUGUGGCCAGGAAGAUAUCCUGUAGCCGCGGCGAUGAGAAGGAGAAGACGGUCUACUUCAAGCCGUUCGUUGUGGACAUGUUGGAGGUUAUUUCCGUGGAUACUCCCAGCGGUCCGGUGGAGUGCUGGAUGGAGAUCGGCACCGGUACUCCGCCCAAUGUCAGACCCAUUCAGGGCACACUGACCCUCGGCACCGACGUUACCUUCACCAUCAACGUCAAGCACUCGGAACAGGCCUGGGACGUCAAUAUACUUCAGUGUUAUGCCUCGGAUGACAUGGAUUUCGAGGCCCAAACCACGAAGCGGUUGCAGCUCUCAGACAAGAGGGGGUGUUCCAUAAAGGAGAAAAUAUUCGGAGAGUGGAAGAAGUACCAGGCGCAGUCCAGUCUUACCUCAACCUACUACAACACCCUCAAGGCGUUCCGAUUCCCCGAUCGCUCACAGGUGUAUCUGAAGUGCGACAUCGAGCUUUGCAACGGAGCCUGCAAGCGAGACUAUUCCUGCGGAAGCCUGCAGACUGGCCCAUGCACCGAAGGAUCCACCGAUCCCCAGUGCCUUCAGGAUCAUUUAAUUGCAUCGAAGACAACCCCGAAACCCCGCUGCUAUCCUGGUUCCCGAGACCCAGAAUGCCAAAGGGCGACUACCCUGCCACCCACCACAAUUAGGAUUCCCAUUGCGUCCACGUUUGCACCCAAGCCGCAAUGCUAUCCUGGUUCUCGGGAUCCAAGCUGUGCUGGCACACAACCGACACCGAGACCGCGGUGCAGUCCAGGUUCAAACGAUCCGGAAUGUCAGCCAGCCACUUACCUUCCGCCAACCACGAGGAGAACCCCGAUCACCACACAAAAGCCAAGGUGUUAUCCAGGUUCUAUCGACCACGAUUGCCAGCCCGCGACCUAUCUCCCCCCAACAACGAGGCGAACUCCCGUUACUACACCAAAGCCGAGGUGUUACCCAGGAUCUCCUGAUCCUGCCUGCUCUCCAGUUACUAGACCUCCUCCAUUGACUACACCUAAGCCAAGGUGUUACCCCGGAUCUCCUGACCCAGAAUGUCAACCUAAGACAAGACCUCCAGUGACUACAUCCAAGCCAAGGUGCUACCCAGGGUCUACCGACAGCCGCUGUCCCCAAAUCGUGACAGUGCCUACAACAAACCAGGAGCCCAAGUCGACUUGCUACCCAGGAUCUAAUGAUCCCGAUUGUCUCAACUGCUACCCUGGUUCACCUGAUCCACGAUGCCCCAAGGUGGCUACUACUCAAAAGCCAGGAUGUUAUGAAGGAUCUGAUGAUCCAAGAUGCCAGCCAGCAACCUAUUUACCUCCAACGACUCGCAGACCAACCACUGCUCCUAAGCCAAGAUGCUACCCAGGAUCAACGGACCCAAGCUGCCCACAACCAACUACUCGGGUACCUUUGACAACAUCUAGGCCAAGAUGCUAUCCAGGAUCAACGGACCCAAGCUGCCCACAACCAACUACAAGGACGCCUGUAACUACUUCCAAACCUAGGUGUUAUCCAGGAUCCACUGAUCCUGAAUGUCAACCGGCGACUAGACCGCCCGCAACCACACCUAAGCCUAGGUGCUAUCCAGGAUCGACGGAUCCAAACUGUCCCCAACCAACUACUAGGACACCCUUUACAACACCAAAGCCAAGGUGUUAUCCAGGCUCCGACGAUCCCGAUUGCCAGCCCGCCACCUACCUACCGCCAACAACGAGGCGACCUCCAAUAACUACACAAAAACCAAGGUGCUACCCGGGAUCUCCUGAUCCUUCCUGUACUCCGGUAACCCGACCACCUUUGACGACUUCAAAGCCAAGGUGUUACCCCGGAUCUCCUGAACCAGAGUGUCAGCCCAAAACAAGACCACCUGUGACUACAUCAAAACCACGGUGCUAUCCAGGCUCAACUGACCCUGAAUGUCAACCCGCGACACGACCUCCAGCAACAACACCGAAGCCUAGGUGCUAUCCUGGUUCAAAUGAUCCCGAAUGUCUUAACUGCUAUCCUGGUUCGCCAGAUCCAAGAUGUCCAAAAGUGCCUACCACCAAGAAAGCAGGAUGUUAUGAAGGUUCAGAUGAUCCUAGGUGCCAGCCUGCCACCUACUUGCCACCAACUACUCGCACGCCGACAUUAGCGCCUAAACCAAGAUGUUAUCCCGGAUCAACCGACCCAAGCUGUCCCCAACCAACUACAAGGACUCCUUUGACAACAUCUAGGCCAAGAUGCUAUCCAGGAUCAUCGGACCCAAACUGUCCACAGCCAACUACCAGGACCCCUUUGACAACAUCUAGGCCAAGAUGCUAUCCAGGAUCAUCGGAUCCAAGCUGUCCACAGCCAACUACACGGACGCCUAAAACUACUUCCAAGCCAAGGUGUUAUCCGGGCUCGACUGAUCCUGAGUGCCAGCCCGCAACCUAUCUUCCACCUACGACAAGAAGAACCACAAUCCCUCCUACUAGGCCAAGGUGCUAUCCAGGAUCCAGUGAUCCAUUCUGUCCACAGGUAACAAGGCCUCCAUUGACUACUUCAAAGCCAAGGUGCUAUCCCGGAUCGACGGAUCCGAGUUGUCCCCAACCAACUACAAGAGCACCAUUGACAACACCUAGGCCAAGAUGCUACCCAGGAUCGUCGGAUCCAAGCUGUCCACAACCAACUACAAGGACUCCUGUCACUCCCAAGCCAAGGUGUUAUCCAGGGUCGACAGAUCCCGAUUGCCAGCCAGCAACAUAUCUUCCACCAACAACACGAACUCCAGUUACUACUCCAAAACCAAGAUGCUACCCAGGAUCUUCUGAUCCUGUCUGUGCGCCGGUGACUAGACCUCCAGUGACUACAUCAAGGCCUAGGUGUUAUCCCGGAUCUCCUGACCCAGAGUGUCAGCCUAAAACUAGACCGCCUGUGACUACGUCAAAGCCUAGGUGCUACCCGGGCUCAACAGACAGCCGUUGCCCACAAAUCGUGACGGUUCCUCCUACAAAGGAAGAGCCAAAGCCAGCUUGCUAUCCAGGAUCGAAGGACCCAGAGUGCCUCAACUGCUAUCCAGGUUCCCCUGAUCCGAGAUGUCCAAAGGUGCCAACCACCAAAAAGGCCGGAUGUUAUGAGGGAUCUGACGAUCCAAGAUGCCAACCUGCCACGUACUUGCCACCAACUACUCGCACACCCACAAUUGCUCCUAAGCCAAGGUGCUAUCCCGGGUCAACGGAUCCAAGCUGUCCACAACCAACCACAAGGACACCUGUAACCACUUCGAAGCCGAGAUGUUAUCCGGGAUCGACAGAUCCAAGCUGUCCACAACCAACCACAAGGACACCUGUAACCACUUCGAAGCCUAGAUGUUAUCCGGGAUCGACCGAUCCAAGCUGUCCACAACCAACGACAAGGACUCCUUUGACAACUUCAAAGCCGAGGUGCUAUCCAGGCUCAAGGGAUCCCAGUUGCCAACCAGCGACUUAUUCCCCACCGACUUCAAAAUCUCUCAUAACAACCUCUAGGCCCAGGUGCUACCCAGGCUCCGACGAUCCGGAAUGCCAGCCAGCCACAUACCUUCCUCCCACCACGAGAGUGCCCGUCACUACAUUGAAACCAAACUGCUAUCCCGGAUCCACGGAUAGUCGCUGCCCUCAGAAGCCUCCGACAACACCAAGGCCCAAAUGUUAUCCCGGCUCACCUGACCCAGAAUGCCAGCCCACAACAUACCUCCCACCGACCACUAGAAGAACCACUGUGACGACGAGCAGGCCACGUUGUUACCCUGGCUCCACUGAUCCUGAUUGCCAACCAGCUACAUAUACUCCCCCCACGACUAGAACUCCUCCGACUACUCCCAAGCCGAAUUGCUACCCAGGUUCCACCGACAAACGUUGUCCCCAGGUUAUAGUAACGACACAAAGGCCCAGGUGUUAUCCCGGCUCACCUGAUCCAGAAUGUCAGCCCGCCACUUAUCUCCCGCCAACAACUAGAGUAACCACCAGAACUCCUGUGACUACUUCCAAGCCGAACUGCUAUCCUGGUUCCACGGACAAUCGUUGUCCUCAGAUACCGGUGACAACUGAAAGGCCUAAGUCAGCUUGUUAUCCAGGAUCACAGGAUCCGGAAUGCCUCAACUGCUACCCUGGUUCCCCAGACCCUAGAUGUCCCAAGGUUCCGACAACCAAGAAAGCUGGAUGUUUCGAUGGCUCGGAUGAUCCCAGAUGCCAGCCGGCCACUUACUUGCCGCCAGCAACCCAGCGCCCACCUACUCCCGCCCCGAAACCGAACUGCUAUCCAGGAUCAACAGAUCCACGCUGCCCACAAACGACAACUAGAAGGACUCCAGUCACAACUGCAAAGCCACGGUGUUACCCAGGAUCACCAGACCCGGAAUGUCAACCGGCAACUACUAGAUCACCUGUUACCACCAUGAGGCCGAGAUGUUAUCCGGGUUCCAGUGAUCCCGAUUGUCAGCCGGCUACAACAAGGAUUCCAGUGACUACUUCCAAACCAAACUGCUAUCCUGGAUCCAGAGAUAGUCGCUGUCCACAGAUACCAGUAACCACUCCAAAGCCUAGGUGUUAUCCUGGAUCACCGGAUCCCAGCUGCCAGCCUGCCACUUAUCUGCCUCCGACAACGUCGCGCCCGGUUCCUACUCUGCCAACCACAAGGGCACCCGUGACUACUUUAAGGCCCAAGUGCUAUCCGGGCUCUAACGACCUGGAAUGCCAGCUUAUCCCUACAAGAAUACCUGAAACCACAUCCAAGCCAAACUGCUAUCCUGGCUCCACAGACAGACGUUGCCCGCAAGUUCCGGUUACGACUCUGAAGCCUAGGUGCUACCCAGGAUCGCCGGACCCAAGUUGCCAGCCUGCCACUUAUGUUCCACCAACAACAUCUCGUCCAGUUCCCACUUUACCAACCACCAGGGUACCAGUAACUACUGUGAGACCGCGAUGCUAUCCGGGCUCAAGCGAUCCUGAAUGUCAGCCAGCCACGACAAGAAUACCUGUGACCACGUCGAAGCCAAAUUGUUAUCCUGGCUCCAACGACAGUCGCUGUCCUCAGGUUCCAGUAACGACUCAACGGCCCAGGUGUUAUCCCGGCUCAUCUGAUCCAGAAUGCCAGCCCGCCACUUACCUCCCACCGACAACUAGAAAAACAACUGUUCCAACGAGUAAGCCCCGAUGCUAUCCUGGCUCAGAAGAUCCGGAUUGCCAACCCACCACGUAUACUCCUCCCACGACGAGAACACCCGUGACGACCUCCAAACCAAACUGCUAUCCCGGUUCCACUGAUAGUCGGUGCCCGCAGAUACCGGUGACAACCGCAAAACCCAAGUCCGCGUGCUAUCCAGGUUCCUCAGAUCCGGAAUGUCUCAACUGCUAUCCUGGCUCCCCGGAUCCGAGAUGUCCUAAAGUUCCAACCACUAGGAAGUCAGGAUGUUUCGAUGGAUCGGAUGAUCCCAGAUGUCAGCCUGCGACUUACUUGCCGCCUGCAACCCAGCGACCACCCACUCCCGCUCCUAAGCCGAACUGCUAUCCAGGAUCCCCAGAUCCUCGUUGUCCACAAGCCACCACAAGUAGGAUUCCAGUUACAACAGGAAGGCCUAGGUGCUAUCCAGGAUCACCAGACCCGGAAUGUCAGCCGGCAACAACCUUGAGGCCAAGAUGUUAUCCGGGCUCCAGUGAUCCUGAAUGUCAACCGGCUACGACCAGGACUCCCGUAACUACUUCCAAGCCAAAUUGUUAUCCUGGAUCUACAGAUAGUCGCUGUCCACAAAUACCAGUAACCACUCCGAAGCCUAGGUGUUAUCCUGGAUCACCGGAUCCCAGCUGCCAGCCUGCCACUUACCUGCCCCCAACGGCAUCCCGACCUGUUCCAACAACCAGAGCACCAGUGACUACUCAGAGGCCGAGAUGUUAUCCAGGAUCAAGUGACCCGGAGUGUCAACCCGCCACUACAAGGGCACCUCCUACUACUCCCAAGCCAAACUGUUACCCAGGCUCCUCAGAUCCUCGCUGCCUUUCGGUUCCAGUGACGACACCAAGGCCCAGAUGCUAUCCAGGUUCGCCAGAUCCUGCUUGUCAGCCUGCCACUUACACCCCGCCGACUACGAGAGUGCCAUUAACCACCUCCAAACCACGUUGCUAUCUGGGCUCCAAUGAUCCUUCCUGCCAGCCAGCCACUUAUCUUCCUCCCACGACGGUGCGACCUCCAGUUACAUCGGCCAAACCGAGAUGCUACCCGGGAUCCAACGAACCCGGCUGCCAGAUACCAACAACCAGGACGCCAGUGGUGGAAACGACACCGGUCUACUGUUACCCAGGAUCAAUCGAUCCUCGCUGCCCCGAUUCCGGCUACAGGGGCACCAGUCGCAUCCCGGCCACAUACCUUCCCCCGUUGAGUGACCCGGGCUACGACAGGACCAUCCGCAAUGCAAAGACCUCCUUCUUCAAGGAAAUCAACCAGCUAGCUUUCACGGAUAACAAUGUGUUCGAACUGGAGGAUGACGACGAGGUGUCGUCGCGGGUGAAGCGUGAGCUGAGUUUCGAGGACGAGAGCGAGGAUCUCCUGUCCAAGAGAAUCUUCAAGCGCGAGUCCAACGAACAGCCAUCAGAGCAAGAAGUGAUCUCCCUGACCCUCGGAGUCAGGAUGGGCAUCAGUGUAAAAUAAGUCGAUGGAGUUCUAGUAGCCGUUAAGCUUAAAAAUAUUAUAUAAUAUCAUCAUGCGCCGAUAUGUAUUUACCUAGAAUGAUAUUCAUUAAAUAUAAUCCUAUGUA